AUGGCCGCAUCAACGUACAAAGAGGCGCUUGCCGCCGUGCUGAGGCACGAAGGCGGAUACAGUAAUCAUCCCCAGGACCCCGGCGGGGCGACCAUGAAGGGCGUGACGCAGCGGGUCUAUGACGCCGAACGCAAACGACGCGGUUUGCCCACGCGCAGCGUCCGUCAGAUCACUGACGCCGAAUUGCAGGCAAUCUAUCGCCAGCAGUAUUGGGACAAAAUCAAAGGCGACGACCUGCCGCCUGGUGUUGAUUAUGUGGUCUUUGACGGCGCGGUGAAUAGCGGCGUCGCUCAGUCGGCAAAAUGGCUACAGCGCGCGCUUGGCGUCCGCGUGGAUGGCAUCAUCGGCAAUGCGACCAUCGCCGCGUGCUGGGACGUGAAAGACCAUGACGCGCUGAUUGCCGACAUUUGCGCCCGUCGCAUGGCGUUUCUCAAGGCGCUCAAGACAUGGCCGACGUUCGGCAGGGGCUGGACCAGCCGCGUUAACGGCGUGCUCCAGACAGGGCAACAGUGGGCGCGCGGCAAGGUCGGGCCGACCGUCACCGUCGUUGAGCCUGGCAUGUCGGCCAAAGCCAACAUCGAGGAUGCCGCGCCGAUCCCGUCGAGCGGCAUGGCUGACGCUGCAAUCGGCGGUGGCUCUGUGCUUGGCGUGGUCGGCGGGGCGCUGGAGGGCGCGCGUGAUGCGCUGACGCCUCUCGCCGGCGGUUCCGCUACAGUCAAUGGCAUCGUCGCCGUGCUCGUUGUCGCUGGCGUGGCGCUGGCUGUCGGCGGCGCUAUCUGGCGCGCUAAUCAGCAACGCAAGGCGGCGCAGAUAAACCUGAACUUCCUUCUCACAGCCGCUGUCGUCGCCGCAGGCAUGGCCUUCAGUUGGUCGCGUAUGGAAAGCCAUACCGUCACACAGGCCAGACAGAUCGAGGAACUGAAAGCGGCAGAUGCCCAGAUCAAGGCUGAAAUCCGCGAGGUGCGGGAGAAAGCCGACGCCAAGCUGGAGAUCAUGACGCGCGACAGUGGGGGAGGUGAAGGCGUCACUCCGUGCGAUCAGCACAAAUAUCGAGUGGAUCGUGAAGCAGAGCAGGGAGAAGGACGGACGCU